AUGCGAUGCAAAUCAUCUAGAGCACCUACAGUACUGUUUGAGAUUAUGAUUCGUUUCUUGUACCUUGCUCUUCUGUGUCUUGUGACGAUCAAGGCACAGCAGCAGCAGCAGCGACCGCCAUCACCUGAGAAGUGCGACUCCCUGGCGUGUGCCAAUCGUGGAGAAUGUUAUGCCUUUUAUGAUAGGAAUGAUGCAAUCGUGGAUACUCAAUGCAUCUGUCCUUUCAAUUUUACUGGUCCUCUGUGCGAGAUACCCGCACUCUGUGAUACAACGUGCCUCAAUGGUGGCUCCUGUCAAUUUGGUGAAAGUUGGUGGCUUUCAGAUGAAUCUUUUCUACGCGAAGUCUUGGAAAGGUGCACUUUUUCUGGUCAAAGUGUUGAGAAUUGCACAGUCUUGGAGCAAAGGUCGCAAUAUUGUCAAUGCCCACCCGAUGUUUUUGGCAAUAAUUGCGAAAUUGCUUGCGAUCUGCAGUGCCAAAACGAUGGUACUUGCGAAAUAUGGCGGGGAAAUCAACCCCGAUGCAAUUGUGACUACCCCUAUUUUGGGGACUUGUGCGAGGAGACGUGUUCCUUGGAGUGUCAAAAUGGUGGCCGGUGCCUAGCCUAUGACACGAACAAUGAUACCAUUAAAGAGCAAAUGUGUUUGUGUCCAUCCAACUCGACAGGAGCCUUUUGCGAGACGGAGAAACCAUGCUCCAAAGAAUGCACGAAUGGAGGCAGAUGUCAACAGGAGCAAAACUGGUGGCUGGAAGAAGCAGAAUUCUUUGAUGACAUCUUUGAUCGAAUCUAUGAAGACUGUAGUUACAAUCAAAAUGGUACUUUUGGUGGUUUGUCAGACUGCAUGGAAUUGUAUGCGAGAGAAUACUGCGAGUGUCCUCCAGAUACCUUUGGAGAGUUUUGCCAAGUCACCUGCGACAUUCAGUGCCAAAACGGAGGUGCUUGUCAGGUCCUGGGCAACGAGGCACAAUGCCGCUGCCAACAAGGUUUCUUUGGUGAACUAUGCGAAGAAGCCUGCGAUCUUUCGUGCAGUAAUGGUGGACGCUGUGUUGCCUAUGACUCGAACAAUGAUACGAUCAAGGAAAAACAUUGCUUGUGUCCCUCCAAAUUUACUGGUGACCUGUGUACGGAACCACGCGAGUGUCAAAAUGAGUGCUUCAAUGGCGGAAGAUGCAUCAUGGAAGAUGCUUGGUUUCUCAAUGAUAUGGACUUUAUCGAAGAGAUUUUGGAUGAGCUGAGUUCCGAGUGUCUACGCGAAAACAUAUUCAUGGAUCAGUCUAGCCGUGAGCGUUGCAUGGGACUGACGGGAAGAGAAUAUUGUCAAUGCCCUCCUAAUGUUUGGGGAUCACAAUGCGAAACCGCUUGCGAUUUGGAUUGCAGCGGUACAAAUGGGAACUGUACCUUUACUCGUUACACUGGAAGCAGCAGUGACAAGAACUGUAGAUGCCGUCCUGGAUUCUCUGGAGAACGUUGUCAAUUCGAAUGCAACACUCGAUGCGAAAACAAUGGCAGAUGUGUUGCCGAUGGGACCUCGGAAUAUUGUCAGUGCACUCCUUUCUGGGAGGGCAAUCGUUGCCAAACAGAAAAAUCAUGUUCCAAGUCCUGCGCCAAUGGAGGCACUUGUAUCUUUGCCGAUGGCAACAGAUACAAUGACGAGUACCUUGCAUGGUGUCUUGAUGAAAACAAUGGAAAUUGCCAUUCGUUGGAACAAUGUGAUUGUCCUCCAGGCUGGGUAGGUGCAGACUGUAGCUCGCCGUGCCCGUGUCAAAAUGGUGGGACUUGUUCGAGAUGGCGACGAGAAUUGCAACGAGACUUGCAAGGCUCCAAUUGGACGGAUGGCGACCCGGAGUGGCCUCCGGAUUAUAACUUUGACGAAGACGGCAAUCAAGACAGCUACUGUUCAUGUCCAUUCGGAUUCUAUGGCAAUCAAUGCCAGUUUCAAUAUGGUGAUAGUGACUGUUCUCUGCAGUGCUUGAACAACGGAUAUUGUGAAAGAAAUUUCAUUUUCGGCAAUUCUACUAAUCCCGAUGGCUCGAAUAAUCCAAAUCACGAUGACGACGACAACGACAUGGUAAAUGGAUCUGAUCGAAUCAGUGUCGAACGAUGUAUCUGUCCUGGUAAUUUCACUGGACCAACCUGUGGGGAAGUCUUGGAUGAAUGCUACAACAUGUGUCAAAAUGGUGGUGUUUGUAGUUCUCCCACAACCAGCACGCAGCGGUUUGGCGGCCGAGCGUUGCAGUCUUAUCUGACUCCAGAAGAGGAAGGUCAUGACUUUGGCCCUGGACGCUUUGGAGCCUUUUGCCAAUGCGACGAUGGGUACUCUGGGGAGUACUGUGAGCGCAAGGCUUGUGGUUCUGGCUUUUGUGCUAAUGGAGCGGCGUGCAUUGAGCUUCCGGCCGGCCAGACCACUUAUGCUGGAGAUGACUACGUAUGCGACUGUACUGUUGCUUCACUGGGUGCUGGUUUUGAUGACACUAUCUAUAUUGGUCGUCAGUGCGAAAGUGCUGUUCAUCAUGAAUGCUUCAAUGAUGCAACGAACCCAAACGAAAAUUGGCAGUGCGCUAACGACGGACGUUGUUUUUACGGCUCGUCGGGUCCUCAAUGCCGCUGUGACUGGAACUGGCAAGGACCUCGAUGUGAAGUUAAUUCCACAGAUACAAAAGACAUUGCCUGGAGUCAGUGCAAUCUAGCGUGCCAGAAUGGUGGCAGUUGUCUGAAGGGAGUGGUCAAGCCCAUUGCGAGCAUGUUUACUAGAUUCUUGGAGCCAACAAAGAAGUCCGAGCUCUUUGACUUCGCCCCAUCCGCCAACUUUGAAUAUUGUUAUUGUCCAAGCGGUUUCUUUGGCGUGGAGUGUGAAAUGCAGUACGAGCUUUGCGGCAAUGGGGAACAUAUUUGCUUCCACGGUUCUACUUGUGAACAAACCGGUGGCGAGUGGACUUGCGAUUGCAUGGGUACAGAAAGUGCUGGAUUGUACUGCCAGUAUCAAGCGACGGACGAUUGCGGUGAUUCUGAACAGGACACAUUCUGUACGAACGGAUCGACCUGUGGGGCCGACAAGAAGUGUUCCUGUUUGGAUGGAUGGGAAGGCGACAAGUGUGAAGUUGAGAUCAAGACGGCAGCCAUUCAAGGGGGAGACGACAAGUGGUCCGAUGCAAAUUUGACCCGCUCUUCUUUGGCAAUCUUGCUCUGGACCAUUGCCAGUAUCGCUCUAGCCGUAAUGUAG